GCUCUACAUUCAAGAAUGAAAAUGUCUCCUAUUCGCCGUUUGAUCGUUGCCAGUGUGCUCGCAGCUGCAACUCAUGUUUCCGGUUCUCCUUUGCCCGACGGACCAGAACAGGGUGGAAACAUUAAUUUCAACAUCACCCAUAUUAUCAACGCUGCCUCCGUUCUUGAGAUAAACGGCGUCAACUUUCUCGUCGAUCCCUUCUUCUCGCCUCAAAACACCACAUUUCCCAUUGCUGGCUUUACCAGACAGCUUUGGUCUAUUUUGGAGCCGGCCUUGCAGCCAGAGCAAAUCCCUCCCAUCGAUGCUGUCCUCCUCAGCCACGAGGACCACCCUGACAACCUUGACCCUAUCUCCCGAAUGAGGUUCCUCGAUGGUCGUCGUGUCCUGACUACUCCUGCUGGUACCGAAGCUCUGAAGCCAAGGCCAGGAGUGCAGGCUAUGAAGGACUGGGAAACAAUGAGCCUGAAAUUGAAUGGGAAUGAUUGGAACUUUACAGGGACACCAUGCGAGCACGUGCCCGGUGAGGAUGUGAUCGGGUUUGUCAUUGUUGGUCCCAACUUCGGGACUACUGACGGCCUUCCAAAUGCAAUCUGGUACUCCGGUGAUACCAUCUACCUUCCAGGCUUGGCGCAGAUCAAAGAAAGAUUCCAUGUCAAAGCUGCUCUCAUCAACAUGGGUGCUGCAUACGUUCUCAUGGAUGAUGCGAUGCCGCUCCGGAUUACCAUGAAUGGCACUGAGGUGGCUCAGACAUUCCAAGACGUGGGCGCAGAGGUUCUCGUGCCCUUGCAUUACAGCUCCUUUAACCACUUCCCGGAAGCAAAGGAAGGCGUGGUGCAUGACUUCGAGCUAUCAGGAAUCAGUGACAAGGUUCAUUGGGUUACUCCCGGUGAAUCGACCAAGAUCAUCUGAUAAUCUCUUGGAUAGUUGAUCUGGCCUGGAUAUCAGUGGCUCAAUCUGGAGGGCCAUAGCCAGUCGAUUGUAUUUAAUACUGAAAUCUAGUUUCUCAGUGGGAGUUAGUUGGAUAGAGACCAAAGGGCAUUUGAAUUAUCUGAUAGAUACAUGGCUAGCUAUUCAUCAAUUGAG